AUGGCCCUUUACGGGGCCCCUGUAUGGGCGGAGGCCCUAUCUCGUCAGAACCUCGCCCUCCUGCGAAGGCCGCAGAGGCUGAUGGCGACAAGGGCCGUGAGGGGAUAUCGCACGAUUUCCUUCGAGGCAGCGUCAGUGCUGGCCGGUUCCCUGCCCUGGGAUCUGGAGGCCAAAAUCCUCGCAUCCUUGUUUGACUGGCGCGAGGAGGCUUCGGCUCGGGGUGACCGGUUGGCACCAAGAGAGAUCGCGGGACGCCGCGGCGAGCUAUAUCAGCGCGCCGUAGAAGAGUGGUCCCAACGGCUGGAGCAGCCCACUGCUGGGAGUAGGACCGUCGAAGCGCUCUGUCCAGUUUUGGGCCAAUGGUUGGCGAGGCAGCACGGCCAACUGACUUUCCGCUUGACGCAGAUACUCUCCGGGCAUGGAUGCUUCGGAGGGUAUCUGUGUCGCAUAGCGGGUCGGGAACCGUCUGCCGUUUGCCACCAUUGCGACGGAUGUGCUGACGAGGACGCCCAGCACACCUUGGAGGACUGCCCAGCCUGGGACGAAGACCGCACGCAGCUGCGCGCGGUUGUGGGGGACGACCUCUCCCUGCCGGCUGUCGUAAGACAGAUGGCCGACAGCGAGACGUCGUGGACAGCGGUGCAGGCCUUUGCGGAGAGCGUAAUGCUCCGCAAAGAGGCGGCGGAAAGGGAGAGGGAGGAUACAACCGACCUCCCCAUACGCCGUCGGCGCACAGGGCGCAGGAGGCGGGCAUACGCCCUGCACCUGCUGCCCCCACAAUAG